CUUCACUGUUAGCUGGGUACUGUCAUUUGUUCGGUAAUGGAAAAACAAAUCAUUUGUUUUUGUCCAUUACUGAAGCAAAUUGCGUUUACAGGAAAAAGAUUUAUUCAUCCUAAAAGUUUUAAUGUAACCAGGUUGUCAGCUUUAAGUUUUAGAAGACAAUUUCACAUCUCAAGAAAUUGUGUACAAAAUUACUCUUCUUCUGUGUCUUCGCCUACAACUGGUUUAAAUGCAAACGUUUUGUCAACAGACACUGGACGUCGUCAACACAUACCUCAUGUUGGAGUAGUGUUUGAUAUUGACGGUGUGUUAGUACGGGGACGAAAAGUUAUACCUUGUGCAAAAGAAGCUAUUAGGAAGUUGGAACUUAGAGACAUACCAAUCAUAUAUUUAACAAAUGGUGGCUGUGAAACUGAGGAGAAAAAAGCUCAAUACUUGCAAAGGCAAAUAGGUGUUCAGAUAGACCCUGGUCAAGUUGUGUUAUCACACUCACCAUUGCGAAUUUUGGAUAUUCUUCACCACAAACAUGUUGUGGUGUCUGGCCAAGGACCAGUUUCCGAGAUUGCAGAGAUGUGUGGUUUCAGUAAAGUGUCACAUAUUGAUGACAUUGACUGUCACUUUCCUGAGUUGGAUGUCAAUGACAGGAGGAAAAGAGACCGAAUGCCUAUUUCUCCAAAGAAACCGUUUUAUCCUAUUGAAGCUGUUCUUUUGAUGGGGGAACCAGUGAAUUGGGAAAAGAGCUUGCAGAUUAUUCUUGACGUUCUGCUAACAAGUGGCAUUCCUAAUCAGAGGCACCCACAUUUUACUGGAAUUCACAUCCCUGUGGUAGCUGUAAACACUGAUUAUCUUUGGAUGAGUGAGGCAGCAAACCCAAGGCUUGGUCAUGGUGGAUUUUUGCUAUGCUUAGAAAGUGUAUUUUUGAAAUUAACAGGAAAGCGGCUAGAGUACACAGCAAUACUAGGUAAACCGAAUUUAUUUACUUAUCGAUACACGGAAGGCGUGAUGUACAACUUGGUGCGGAAAAAGUUUGGCGUGGUUGGUCGAACACAAACGAUAUAUGGCAUUGGGGAUAAUAUCGACACAGAUAUUUAUGGAGCCAACUUGUAUAACAACUACUUAAAAGCAGUACAAGGCUCCGACAUUUCAACUGAUGCCAUACAUCCUCACUCGCACGUUCGUCCAGACCGAAUGAAAUCUAUCCUGGUCAAAACUGGCGUUUUUGGAUUUGAGGAAGGGGUCUGGGAAGAAGUGAAUCAUCUACACAGAGAUACGAUUUGUCGAGCAGAAUUGGCCGUUCCAACGUACAUAUGCGACGACGUGUUGCAUGCUGUUGAUACAAUUCUGGAAGAGGAAAAGCUGGCGUAGAGAUUGGGGGAGGGGAGUUCAAACACUCUUUGUUUAUCGCUAUCUCGUACGGUUGUUUGUGUCAGUAAUUACAAGACGUAGCUUACAUUUGCCAUCUCUCGUCGUCUAUCCUAGGACAAAUUUGAUUGAUGUGUGUGAAAAAGCGAUCAACUUGUCGAUUUGCUGUAACGAGCUCAAAACAUUUUGUUGCACUUAUGUUCUCACAAUGAACUGGAAAGUGUUGUUUCUUGUCGAUCAAAUCAGAUUAUAUGGAUGAUAGUUCAAACAUAAUGACCUACUUCUAUGUGUUAUUUGCAGUGAGUUGUUAUGAGUUGUUACUCGCGAUGGAAAAGAUAAGAAAUUUUUUACCAUUUUUUAUAUAUAUUAAAAUUUGGCAUGAACAUUAUACUUUUAUUCUGAAAUAUUUGUGAAAAAAAAGAUUUUGAAGACUUAAUUUAGAUAGUACGUUCGGUUUUCACAAGAGAAAAAAUUGAUUAACACGUCUUUGCAAUCUUGGGAUUUGUGCAACAGUUGCCAACCAACCAUCGACACCUGCCUGUCUCUUGUACGUCUUUCUUAGUGGAAAUAUAGCUUUAACAAAGUUGUAACUGACUUGGCUGUAAAAAUGUCAAAUUUACUUAGGGAACCUGGAAAACACUCUUUAUAUUUCAGAAACAGUAACAACCCUGUAAAUGACACGGUUUGUGAAUACGCCUAGUAACAUUGUAAAUAACGAAUAAUUAUGUUUUUGUGUUUUUGUGUUUUUAUUUUGUAAAUAUUUUUGCCAUAUAUUAUAUUUGAAAUAAUAAAGUAUAAACCUU